CGUGCGUGAGGGCUCCUAGAGCCAGCAUUCUUCCUACCCUGGUCUUCUUCCUACUCUUGACACGACGAAGACCGCUCUUAGGCCACAGCUCGCUUACCAGUACUCGCCUUUUCCUUCGAGGAUCCAAGGGAAAUCUUGAUCGCACAGUUGUCGCACAGGGACAAAUUUGAAGUAUGGGAUCUCAGGAGCAACGUCCUUACUUCGAGACCGUCACGUCAUUCGCCGACGUCCCUAUCACGGAUGAUGGCGUCGUCACCCGACCGUUUCUCGAAGCCUCCGACGGCCUUGUCAAGCUUUUUGAUCUUCUCGGGUCGGGUUUAUGGGCCUUUGUCCAAAAUGACAUAAAAUCCAACAUCAGUGGGGUUCGUGAUCGCUUCGAGGGCAACGAGCCCCGUUCUGGUACACUUGAGGAACUGGUCCUUGCAGAGGCAGCGGAUGGACAUCGUUAUGCUACGCAGUGUCUCGUUCGCCUCGUGCGAGGGCUGACGUUCCUCUGCCGCGCUCUGCAACACAUGCAGGCUGAGCAGUCGCUUGAGAUGCAUGCCUGUUUCAAGAGAGCCUACGAUGAGGUGCUCCGGCACCAACAUGGCUUCGUCGUCCGUUCGCUCGCGAUGGUCGCAGUCCGAGCCGCACCUGCCCGGUCUGACUUCAUCGGCCGUGUCUCUCAAGGCAGUUCUGGCGAAACCUUCGAUCGAGAGCUCAAUAGAUGGCUCUCUGGUCUCGCUGAGAUCGCUCAGCAUACGCGAAGUUUCCUUGAGCAAGGCGGGCACGGAAAGGUUUAAGGCCUGGCUGCUCGGAGAUACCAUACACCAUGAGAAUCGAGACCUAUUUAUCAGCCGACCCUCGUCUGCAGACAUUGUCUUUUAGGGACCACGUGUUGUUCCAUUCGGACUGCGGAAACUUCCAACGCUGUUAUUUAUCCUUUACGCACCCAUAUCCAUAUCAGCAUAAACAUCUUACCUCAUGUAUACCACAACGCCGGAUUCUAACAACAGACGCAUAUAUUCG